GCGGUGCACGUGCUCUCAUUGGCUUCUCGCCCUGCCCCUCAGAGGGCGGAGCCGCACGGGGUGGAGAGAGGCACGGGAAGGCUGGAGCGGGAGCAGUAGCGGUGGCUGGAGUGGAGAGCGAAGGCUGCGCUUCUCGUGCUUUCCUCCCACGGGUUUUAUGCCGUAGCGUUUCUGUUCCGGGUUCCGUCCCCAGGGCUGCCAGGGACUCCCUCCGGCGCCGCCCAGGGAGCUCGCUCGCUCCCUCCCUCCAUCCCCCAGCCGGCCGGCAGCUCGCUCGCUCCCCUCCCAGCACCAUGGCGGAGCUGCCGGCGGAUAAGAAGUUCUUCGAGAAUCUCUCGGGCGCAGGGAAAGCCAUCGGGGUGCUGACCAGCGGCGGGGAUGCGCAAGGUAUGAAUGCUGCAGUACGUGCGGUAGUGCGUAUGGGAAUCUACGUAGAAGCUAAAGUGUAUUUUAUCUAUGAGGGUUACCAAGGUAUGGUUGAUGGAGGUGACAACAUUGUUGAAGUGUCAUGGGAAAGUGUUUCAAGCAUCUUGCAAGUGGGAGGGACAGUUAUUGGUAGUGCACGCUGCAAAGAAUUUCGUACCCGGGAAGGCCGUUUGAAGGCAGCUUUCAACUUGAUUCAGCGUGGAAUCACUAACCUUUGUGUGAUUGGUGGUGAUGGUAGUUUAACAGGCGCUAAUCUCUUUCGUGAAGAAUGGAGUGGACUUCUAGAGGAACUGGCACAAAGUGGCAAGAUUGAAGAAGAAGCUGUGAAGAAAUAUGUUUACCUCAACAUUGUGGGGAUGGUUGGAUCCAUAGAUAAUGACUUCUGUGGCACGGAUAUGACCAUUGGUACUGACUCAGCCUUGCACAGAAUCAUUGAAGUUGUGGAUGCCAUCAUGACCACUGCUCAAAGCCAUCAGAGGACCUUUGUUCUAGAAGUUAUGGGAAGACACUGUGGGUAUCUAGCUCUUGUUAGUGCAUUAGCUUGUGGUGCAGAUUGGGUAUUUAUUCCGGAAUACCCCCCAGAAGAAGGAUGGGAGGAUCAGAUGUGUGUUAAGCUUUCUGAGAACCGUGCGCGAAAGAAAAGGCUGAAUAUAAUAAUUGUGGCAGAAGGUGCCAUUGAUUCUCACAACAAACCUAUAACUUCAGAAAAAGUUAAGGAUCUUGUGGUUCAGCAGCUGGGAUUUGACACUCGUGUGACUAUCCUGGGUCAUGUUCAAAGAGGUGGUACCCCUUCAGCUUUUGAUAGAAUUUUGGCAAGUCGUAUGGGCGUGGAAGCUGUCCUGGCCCUUCUAGAGGCUACACCAGAUACUCCUGCUUGUGUUGUGUCCUUGUCUGGGAAUCAAGCUGUCCGUCUGCCUUUAAUGGAGUGUGUGCAGAUGACUCAAGAAGUACAGAAAGCAAUGGAUGAAAGAAAGUUUUGUGAGGCUGUGAGACUUCGUGGAAGGAGCUUUGAAAACAACCUUAACACCUACAAAUUAUUGUCUCACAGAAAACCAGAUACAGAACUUCCAAAGGACGAUCUCUCAUGUAGUACUAAUUUUAAUGUGGCAGUUUUAAGUGGUGCCCCUGCAGCUGGUAUGAAUGCUGCUGUCCGGUCUGCAGUAAGAGUUGGCAUAACUGAAGGUCACAACAUGUUUGCUGUCAUCGAUGGAUUUGAAGGAUUUGCUAAUGGCCAGAUAAAGGAAAUCAGCUGGAGAGAUGUUGGCGGUUGGACUGGCCAAGGAGGGUCGCUUCUUGGCACAAAACGUACCCUCCCUGCAAAGUAUUUGGAGAAGAUUGCUGACCAGAUGCGCACUAAUAACAUCAACGCCCUUAUGGUUAUUGGUGGAUUUGAGGCCUACCUGGGACUUUUGGAAUUAUCAGCUGCCCGUGAGAAAUAUGACGAGUUCUGUGUUCCAAUGGUUAUGGUUCCUGCAACUGUAUCCAACAAUGUACCGGGUUCAGAUUUCAGCAUUGGUGCAGAUACUGCUCUGAACACUAUAACUGAUACAUGCGAUCGCAUCAAACAGUCAGCCAGUGGGACCAAGCGUCGUGUGUUCAUCAUUGAGACAAUGGGUGGCUACUGUGGUUACCUGGCCAAUAUGGGGGGCCUUGCUGCAGGGGCGGAUGCUGCUUAUAUCUUUGAAGAGAAGUUUGAUAUUCGAGAACUCCAGGCUAAUGUGGAGCAUUUGACCGAAAAGAUGAAAACCAGCAUCCAGCGUGGUCUAGUGCUGAGGAAUGAGAACAGCAAUGAGAAUUACACAACUGACUUUAUCUACCAGCUAUAUUCUGAGGAAGGAAAAGGGGUCUUCGAUUGCAGGAAGAAUGUAUUGGGCCACAUGCAGCAGGGUGGAGCACCUUCCCCAUUUGACAGGAACUUUGGGACAAAAGUCUCUGCAAAAGCUGUACAAUGGAUCUCAAAGAAACUAAGAGAAACAUACCGAAGAGGAAAAGUGUUUGCCAACACCGAGGACUCCGUUUGCUUGCUAGGUAUGCGCAGACGCAAUCUUAUUUUCCAACCUGUGGUUGAGCUUAAGGAUCAAGCAGAUUUUGUGCACAGAAUUCCUAAGGAACAGUGGUGGCUGAAACUUCGACCUCUGAUGAAAAUUCUGGCCAAAUACAAGACUAGCUAUGAUGUUUCUGAUUCAGGUCAACUAGAGCAUGUAGCUAGGCACAGUCCAAAAGAAGCAGAAACUGGAGCUAUCUAAGAGACCAUUAUUUUAGAUAAAGUUGUAAUAGACCUACGUUGUGCGUAACAAUGCUUUAGAAUGCUGAUUACAGCUUUGUUUGUAACAUUUAAAUUAUUGUACCAGCACUUUAUGUGAAUUCAGAAAUGCAAACAUCACAGGUUCCUUGCCCAGUAUUAUCCUAGGUUUAAAGCAAACCCUAGCAUCUAACUUACAAAACACCAAUUACCAGCCUGAUCCUUAAGUUUAACACAAUUCUAUGCACUCAUGUGAUAAGUCAUUCAUCUAGCGCACUUGAUCUCAGAGAUAGAGUCUAUACUCAGAAUACAUGUAGAAGGCUAGUUUUGUGUCAAGUUAGAGUGAAUUUAUGUAUCCAAAGUGGAAUAAAAUUAUUGUUGCAAACCA